AUGGUACUCAAACAAUAUUCUCAAAUUGUAUUAAUGGACUCAACAUACAAAACCAAUCAUUUUGGAAUACCACUUUUACUUAUUAGUGGAAUUGAUGCAAUAGGAAUUAUAUUUUUAAUUGCAAGUAGACUUAUUUCAAAUGAAACUAUAUCAAGCUUUUGUUGCGUACUUCAACAAUUAAAACAAGUAGUCAGUGAUAUAACUAUAAAUAAAAUUCAAACUAUCUUAACUAAUAGAGAUCUUGCUAUACUUUCAUCUAUUCGAAAUGGGUUAUCACAUGUCAAACACCAACUUUGUAUUUGGCAUUUAGAACAAAAUAUAGUUAAAAAUUUAACUGGCAAACUUGAUAAUAGAUUUUUAGCAUUUAGUAAAAAUUUCAAAAUUACAAUAAUACAAAAUACUGAAGAAAUGUUUAAAACAAACUGGAAUGAUCUUUUGGUAGAGUAUCCUGAAGUAGAAAAUUAUAUGAAUGAGCAAUAG